GGACACGCUCACUCAGUCGCACCUCCACGCCGGCGAAUGACGGUCGUGUUUCGCUCGCAGUCCCGCGCGUCAUACGUACUCGAUACUUCAUUAGUUUUCCCCUCGAGAAAACCAAGUGAAAUAAAACUAUUUGCCCGCGUCAGUGGACGCAGUGAGUGGAUUUGUCGCUAGUGAUUGUUGACAUCUGCAUCUACACACGGACGUUCAGUGCUAUAGGCCGCGAGAGCAGGGAGGCCAGGGAGGCCAGGGAGUCGAGCUCCAGCAGUAGAGCGGCGAGCAGCAGUGAUGCUACUCCUCAAGACGAAGAAGCCGAGGGUAACAUGAACCGGGAGAACGUCUCGAACAAGAUCGCCGCCGGCAUGGACCGGUGGCAGAACACACUCGAGGACAUGAUCAACCUGAGGUCUUCUAACAACACCGUCUUUAAGGACUACUAUUGGGCUCAAAAUGGUUUCGAUGAGCUCCGUCGCUACGUAAAGCAAGGAAGCGACUUCAGCAAAGAACUAUCUUCCAUAUUGCAAGAGAGAAUUGAAGCAGAAAUAUACUACGCAAAAUGCCUGGCCAAACUUGGGACGAAGCUGACGAAGGCUUGCAAAGAGAGCGUCGGCUCGUGCGCCGAGGCAUGGAAACAUGUGGCACUCGAGAUGGAGAAACGGUCGGAAAUUCACAGAAAUUACUCAAGUGCUUUAUCCGACGAGCUAGUGAAACCAAUGAAACAUGUAAUCGACAAUCAAUUGAAGCUUAGGAAGAAGAUCGAAGGUAACGUUGACAAGACUACGCGAUCUCUCGGAGAUUGGAGAACAGCGGAGGCAAAGUCUAAGAAGCAUUCCCACACGGCGGCGCGGGAGAACGAGAAGUUACAGGACGCCUCGUUGGAGAUUAGCCGUCUGUCGCGUAGUUCGAGCGUGGGACACAUACCACAUGCGCACUCUAUCCUGAGCGCGGCGCGGGCAGAGCGGCUGCCAAAUGCGACGAGUGAAAAGGACGCAGCUAAGCUUCAGGUCAAGAAAAGGAAGACGGAAGAUGCUGUGAAAAAAACUGAAGUUGAAUAUUAUAAUGUGUGCGUGCACGCAGAACGAGCGAGGUUGGAAUGGGAGUCAAGCGUAGUGAAGGGGGCUGGCAUGCUGGAGUCUCUUGAAGAAGAGAGACUAGCCCAGCUCAAGACAGCUGCUGACUGCUACCUCAGGCUGACAUCCGCCGUGCCUGCACAAUUAGCGGAGGCCACAAAUAUUUUGGUGAAUCCGAUAAAGAACGCGAACGCCAACACUGACAUGCGAGUGGUUCGAGGAGUGCGUUCAGCACAGACUGGACCUAGCGAACAACUGCUCCCAGACUUCUACUGCGAACAUACCACGCUUGCUAUGAACAGGGAACGACGUAAGCAGGCGCUGCUAAAGAUCCUACAGUUAGUAAAACAAGACAUUGACAGGGAAAGGAAAUCCAAGCAGGGUCUUGAGAAACUGUCGAUGGCUAUCAAGCAGACACCCACUUUCGGAAAUGACGAUUCACAACAAAACGUAGCUGACAAACUGUAUCAUAUGAGAAGUAUGCUGACAUAUUUGGAAGCAGUAAGGUAUAAGAUAACUGCUAGUCUCAACGAGUUGGACAACAGGCCGCCCGUGCAGCACCCGCUGGCAGCGCACAUACAGAUCAUAAGGGACAAACAAGGGCUGCAACAAAGUAUACUAAAAGUACCACCGUGGCUUCAAGCUGACUACCAAAAUGAGGUGAACAAAAAUCUGACACCAAAUUACACGGCGUUGACAAAGAGUGUAAAUGGUGGAGAAGAGAGGGAACGGAGAGACUCCAUCAUGAGCAGAGCCUCAAGCAAGUUGAGGAUAGAACACCUCUCGUUUAGGAGGAAUACUGACAACAAGAGUGCACCAGUCACACCAGUUGUCGACAUCCCUCCGCCCCCGCUUCAAAAACAGACUGUAGAAACACCAAACCCACCUGAAAGUCCACUGGAUUGGAGCGAGCGUGGUGCUGGUGACGGACUGUCCAACCAACAAGAUAGUGACUUUGACGAGUUUUCAUCGCAGAGUGACAGCUCGACGGAUUUGACUGACAUUAUGAAGAACGAGAAUGGAGACACGGUGCCACCGACGCCAUCGUUGGGCAAAUGCCGAGCGCUGUAUACUUACGAAGCCAGACUUAACGACGAACUUAAUUUGACUCCAGGAGACAUAAUAAAUAUUCACGAAAAACAAGAUGAUGGGUGGUGGAGCGGAGACCUGAACGGCAUCUAUGGAAUUUUCCCAUCAUCCUAUGUGGAAGAAAUUACCACAUGCAUAUAAUAUUGAUGAUUCUUAUACCAAAACUGAUUAACAGGAUCACAUUAUACCAAAAUGGGUGAAAAAUAAAUAAGGCAGAACAAUGUUUUCUCGUGUUUGUGACAUUAAAAAAGUAUUGUAUUUAACCACUUUCCCGCCAUUCUAGCAAACCUCAAAUCAUACUUUUUUAUAAUCUGUGCCGUAGAUUUUGAUUGUAUAAAAAAGUGUUGAUUGUAAUAAAACAAGUGAACUUUCUGGUGGUUGAUACCGCGUUGUGCAAUUAUUAUUGUAUUUCAUGAAAAUUGUGAAGUUAUUGUUUACCCAUUAAAUGUGAUUACCGAUAAAUAAUAAAUUUUCAAAAGCCGAUUUUUCAAUCAACAGAUAACUUUUAUUCAUGGAAUAAAGCUGACGUUUGACAAUUUUUGUAUGGAAAAAUUUACAAAAAGUCUAAAUUACUCCUACGAUAAAGUUAUCUGGGCUUUGGGAAAUCGGCCCUCAAUUAAAAUGAAGUUAAAAUAAAAUAUAUCUGUGCAAUUUUCAUUUUAGUAGUGAUGAUGUAAGAAUAAAUGAACGGAGAUAAUAGGUACGAAUAAUUAAAAUAAAAGAUGAUUUAACAAAAUUGUAAAUAAGACUAUGUAUCAAAGAUAUUACCUAUAUUUAUAGCUAAAUUUUGUAAGAGGAAGUCGCGCAAACCAAUUGUUAUUAUUACUGAAUUUAAUUGGAUAAGUGUCUUGUAUAAAUGAUAUUGAUAAAGAGUUGAUUCUAGUGAUGAUAUUAUUACAUAAAAAAUAUUUUUGUUUGGGAACAUUCAUCGAUGUGUUUACUUUUCUUUUGUUUUCUUUUUUGUAUAGUGGGUCACCGUUUGGCCGCUAUCUCGCCUGUAGAAUAUGUACCUACACAGUGGUACGACAUAGUGAAAGCUAUAACAUUAACGUGAUUUUUCUGGGUAUUUAUUGGGAAGAUUAUGAGUUUGGGUAUUUUUUUGGGCUGUCGCCUCAGAUGCACGCAGGGCGCGCGCACACACACACCACAUGCGUGCGCCCACACACGUGGUUUACCGCACUUAAUUUGUGCGCCUCUUUAUCGUAGUUUUACCAUAAAAAGGUUUGUAAUUUGUAACGAUUACGUGGAAGUAAAGGGCACUGUAUUUAUGAACGUUACACAAUAUUUAUUCAUACCCUAUACAAGACACCAUAGAAAAUUUAUAUAAAUAAGUAUUAUAAUAAUAAAUGUAAAGAGUUUGAGUUAAAUGUAUUAUAAGUUUACGUACUGUACCUAGUUUGUAAGUUAAUGUAACAUUGUAACUGAACAUGUAAAUUAUACGACAUAUUAUAAAAUUAAACCAAAGUGUUGUUAUAUAAAUAAAUAAAUUGUUUAAGAAUACAA